AUGGAUGAAGAAGGUCCUCUAAAUUUGGCAACAGAUUGUCUUCUAAUUUCUUCACUUGAUUCAACUCAAAAUUUUACUGAAAAAAGAGAAGAAAUAAUUCCAAAGGAUGAGGUUGAUAUGAUUCAAGUAGAGACUGAAGGAUUGUUUUUGGGUUCUUCCCAAAGUCUUUCAAUUGGAAAUAAACUUAAAAUGUCGCUUGAAAACAUUCCACCUAACAACUGUAAAAUUCUCGCAACAAGUACCAGCAGUGAUUUGUUUACUUCAGUUGAUUAUUUGGAUAUUUUUAGAUUGGAAGGGGAUGAUUUGAAAAUUAGUGAAUUGGGACAGUUAUUGAGAAAAUUUGGAUUUGAAGAAAAUUUUAAUAAUGAGGAUUUGACUGAAAUUAUUGAAAAGACCGGUGGAAAUUUUGCUUUAAUAGAAAAAUUAGUGACUUUGGCUAGAGGAAAUAAGGACCAGUAA